AGAAGCACAAAUAUAGCUAGCUGCUUUCGUAAUAGCGAUGGCGGAGGGGAUCGCAUUCGAUUUGGUCAAAGGAGUGCUCGGCAAGCUGGGCUCCGCUCUCUGGGACGAAAUCGGACUGCUGCGGAGCUUCAAGGACGACGCGGACGACCUCAGAAGCAACUUCUCGGCGAUCCAAGCGGUGCUUCUCGACGCCGAGGAGCGAAGCAGCGCUGGGAAGGAGACCCACGCUCUGCGCCACUGGCUGCGCAAACUGAAGGACGCCGCCUAUGACGCCGACGACCUGCUGGACGAGAUCCGGACGCAAGCGGCCCUCCGGCCACAGCAGUAUCCCGAGGUGCAGAAUCAAAACCAGCCAGCUGAAAAGGUACGUGGAUUUCUGUCCCGCGCUAAUCCGAUGCAUCUGAAGUUUAAGGUCAAGAUGGCACACAGGAUGAAAGAGCUCAGAGAAAAGAUCGGUAAGAUAGCGAAACAAAGAAAUGAUUUCGGUCUUACCGAAGCUGGCCCUGCUCGGGAGGCUGAGUUCAAACGCCCUGAGACAUUCUCGGUCGUCAACGAAAAGACGAUAGUAGGGAGAGAUGGUGAUAAAGAGAAAAUUGUGAAGCUACUGCUAGAGACGGGGGGCGAUCACGACGUGUCGGUCAUUCCGAUCGUGGGAUUGGGGGGAUUGGGGAAGACGACGCUCGCUCAGCUGGCCUACAACGACGGGCGGGUUGCGGACCAGCAGCGCUUUGAUCUACGGGUGUGGGUCUGCGUGUCUACCGAUUUCCACAUGAAGACGAUUGCAAAGCCGGUGAUAUCUGCAGCUGGAGAAAAUUGUGCUCUUGAUAACUCGGAUGCCGUUGCCACUUGCCUUGUCAGGAUCUUUAGCCAGAAGAGAUUUUUGCUGGUGCUGGAUGAUGUAUGGAACGAAGAUCAGAAUAAGUGGAAGGAGUUGAACGUUGUAUUUAAGGACAGCAAGAAGGGAAGCAAAGUCUUAGUGACCACGCGGAGUGAAAAGGUUGCUGAGAUAAUGAAAACAGUCGAACCGCACCGUGUGAAAGGCUUAUCAUAUAAUGAUUGUUGGACAUUGUUCAAAAGACGGGCAUUCAAGGAAGGGGAAGAGAACGACUAUCCGAGUUUGGUCGCAAUCGGAAAGCAGAUAGUUAAGAAGUGCGGCGGCCUGCCGUUAGCAGCAAAUGCUUUGGGAAGUAUGAUGCGCUUUAAGAGCAGGACAGAGGAUGCAUGGUCCGCUAUUAGGGAUAACGAAAUUUGGAGUCUGAAAGAAGAGAAAACUAUUUUACCAUCAUUAAAAUUGAGCUACAUUCAGAUGCCGUCGGCUUUGAAGCAGUGCUUCGUUUACUGCUCCAUAUUUCCCAAAGGCUAUGAGAUUGGCAAGGAUGACUUGAUCCGGCAAUGGAUUGCUUUAGGCUUCAUUUCAUCGCAUGAAACAAGGACUUCGAUGGAACAUAUUGGAGAUGAGUACGUUAAGGAUCUAUUAUGGAUGUCUUUCCUUCAGUACGUGAAGGAAAAUUAUAGAAAGGUUACCACCUGCCGUAUGCAUGAUUUAGUGCACGACCUCGCACAAUCUGUAGCAAGAGAAGAAGUUGCUGUUAUUGUUGGAGAAGAGUCGACAAGGAUCCCAGAAGGUUGCCGCUAUGCGUCAAUAGACAGUAGUUCCAUGCCGCAGAUUCCAACCACAGUAGUGCGGAGGAUGCGAGCUCUUCAAUUUUCGGUAUCUUGUUCAUUUAUUAUGGCUUUUUAUAGUGACACAAAAUGCUUACGCCUGUUGGAUUUAAGUUUUAUCGAAAUUUCUAUGCUGCCAAGCUCAAUCAGUAAGUUGAAGCUCUUAAGAUACCUUAACCUUUCGGAGACCAAUAUACAAGAAUUGCCUGAAUCAAUUACUGGCCUCUGCAACUUGCAAACCUUGUAUCUUUCAAGCUGCCGCAAGAUCCGUACAUUACCCAAAUCUCUAGGAAGGCUUGUGAAUUUGCGGAAUUUAGAUUUAUGCAAUUGCCGAUCUCUGACAAUACCUGACUCCAUUAGCAACCUUCAGAAUUUGUACGCUCUAAAUUUGAGUUCGUGCGAAAAUGUGAUAUCACUUGAACCUAUAUGUCACCUCAAAAACCUUCAUUACCUAGACCUAGUAGAUAUAAAUUCUUUGGUGACAUUACCUGAAUCCAUUGGGAGCCUUCAAAACUUGCGUGUUCUGAACCUUUCUAGGUGAUCUUCUCUAGAAUGGUUACCCUCAUCAUUAUGUCACCUCAAAAACCUACAUGACUUAAACCUAUCUUAUCUAAAAUCUUUGGUGGCAUUACCUGAAUGCAUUGGGAGCCUUCAAAACUUGCGCAUUCUGGACCUUUCGAACUGCUUUUCUCUAGAAUCAUUACCCUCAUCGUUAUGUGAUCUCAAAAACCUGCAUGACUUAAACCUAUCAUGUCUAAAAUCUUUGGUGGCAUUACCUGAAUCCAUUGGGAGCCUUCAAAACUUACGUAUUCUGAACGUUUCUGAAUGUUGUUCUCUACAAUCAUUACCCUCAUCGUCAAGUGAUCUUCAGCAUUUAGAGAAACUCGACAUCAGUGGUUGUGGAAAAUUAUGUGAGCUGCCUAAAAUGAUCCAAAAGCUGACCAAACUUAGAGUCUUGCUAAACAACAAUUGCUCGGAAUUGAAGGGCAUGCCCCAAGGGAUCGGCAAGUUAGUUAGCUUGCAGGAAUUGUCCGUUUUUGUCAUCGGCAAGCAAGACCGCGUCGAACAUUGUGCUAGCAUUUCUGAGCUAGAGCACUUGAGGCUUGUCGGCGAGCUCCGGAUCAAGGGUCUUGAAAAUGUAACGAGUCCGGUUGAUGCCAAGGCUGCAAAUUUGAUAGAGAAGAACCUGCGGUCUUUGAAGUUGGAAUGGAACAUUUUAAGCGCGGAAGAAUGCAUGGAUAGUACUGUACUACCGGCGGAAGAGAUUGAAACCGUGCUAGAAAAUCUUCAACCACAUCAAAAGCUAGUGGAAUUGCAUAUACGAGGCUAUGGAGGCAGGAAGUUUCCUAGCUGGAUGAUGAAUAGGAUUGGUUUGUGCCUCCCAAAUCUCGAUGAAAUCAGACUUGAUAAUAUUCCCGUAUGCAGCUCACUCCCGCCGCUGGGGCAACUUCCUUUUCUUACAAAACUACAAAUAGGCGAUAUGCCCGCAAUAACAAAUUUGGGCGUAGAUAAGUUCCCUGUGCUGAUGAUACUUAAGUUGUCCUCCAUGCCGGUGCUGCGAGAAUGGGUGACUGUGUUGACGGUGGAUGACGAAGAAGGCAGGCGAGAGCGAGUUCCCAUUUUUCCGUGUCUCGGUGGAUUGUUGCUUAAAGAAUGUCCUCAAUUGAGGCCGGAGCCUUGCCUCCCGCCAUCGGUUGAGUAUCUGCUCAUUUCUCAAGCAAGCAAGGAGAAUCUAUCGUUAAUUCUCGAAUGCGCGAUGCCACUUGGUGGUGGUGAUGCCGCCGUUUCGCUUCAACCGCCACCAGAUACGGGGCUGCGCGAGCUAAUAAUACAAAAAUGUCGGCAGCUAACUUGUUUGCCCGAGAGCUUGCGGGGUCUCACGUCCCUCCAGUGGCUGACAAUAUGGGAUUGCAAAGAUCUUGAGAGAAUUGAAGAUUGGCUCGGGGAGCUCACCGAGCUGCAGUCCUUGGAGAUCUCGGGGUGCAGCAGUCUCCGUUACUUGCCUGCCCACAAGAUGACCACACUUAAGAAGUUACACAUUAAAGGUUCCCCGCUGUUGUUCGAUGCAGAUAAACACUUUGUCGACACCAGCGUCGAUCACAUCGAAGAAGUCAAAGUUGAUGGAAGGCCGUACCCAUAUGAGGAACUAGCGAGUAGCUCGUCAAAGGAGGAGAGCUCACCGAAGCUCUUAAGAUACCUUGACCAUUCGGAGACCAGAAUACAAGAAUUGCCUGAAUCAAUUACCAGCCUAUGCAACUUGCAAAAAUUGAAUCUUUCAAGGUGCAGUUCUCUGACAAUACUUGACUCAGUUAGCAACCUUCAGAAUUUGUACUCACUAAAUUUGAGUUCGUGCGAAAAAGUGAGAUCACUUGAACCUAUAUGUCACCUCAAAAACCUGCAUGACUUAAACCUAUCAUGUCUAAAAUCUUUGGUGACGUUACCCGAAUCCAUUGGGAGCCUUCAAAACUUGCGUACUCUAAACCUUUCUCGCUGCAGUUCUCUACUAUCAUUACCCUCAUCGUUAUGUGAUCUCAAAAACCUAUAUAACUUAAACCUGUCACUUCUAAAUUCUUUUGUGACAUUACCUGAAUCCAUUGGGAGCCUUCAAAACUUGCAUAUUCUGAACGUUUCUAAAUGCUGUUCUCUACAAUCAUUACCCUCAUCGUCAAGUGAUCUUCAGCAUUUAGAGAAACUCGACAUCAGUGGUUGUCGAAAAUUAUGUGAGCUGCCUAAAAUGAUCCAAAAGCUGACCAAACUUAGAGUCUUGUUAAACAACAAUUGCUCGGAAUUGAAGGGCAUGCCCCGAGGAAUCGGUAAGUUAGUUAGCUUGCAGGAAUUGUCCGUUUUUGUCGUCGGCAAGCAAGACCGCGUCGAACAUUGUGCUACCAUUUCUGAGCUAGGGCACUUGAAGCUUGUCGGCGAGCUGCGGAUCAAGGGUCUUGAAAAUGUAACGAGUCCAGUUGAUGCCAAGGCUGCAAAUUUGAUAGAGAAGAAGCUGCGGUCUUUGAAGUUGGAAUGGAACGUUUUAAGUGCGGAAGAAGGCAUGGAUAGUGUACUACCGGCGGAAGAGAUGGAUACCGUGCUAGAAAAUCUUCAACCACAUCAAAAGCUAUCGAAAUUGGAAAUAGAAGGCUAUGGAGGCGGGAAGUUUCCUAGCUGGAUGAUGAAUAGGAUUGGCUCGUGCCUCCCAAAUCUCGUUGAAAUCAAACUUGAUAAUAUUCCCGUAUGCAGCUCACUCCCGCCGCUGGGGCAACUUCCUUUUCUUAAAGAACUAAUUACACAAAAUAUGCCCGCAAUAACAAAUUUGGGCGCAGAAAAGUUCACUGCGCUGACGAGCCUUUGCUUGUUCUCCAUGCCAAUGCUGCGAGAAUGGGUGACGGUAUUGACGGUGGAUGACGAAGAAGGCAGACGAGAGCGAGUUCCCAUUUUUCCAUGUCUCACUGAAUUGUUGAUUUCAGAAUGUCCUCAAUUGAGGCCGGAGCCUUGCCUCCCGCCAUCGGUUGAGCAUCUGGUCAUUUCCGGAAGAAGCAAGGAGAGUCUAUUGUUAAUUCUCGAAUGCGCGAUGCCCCUUGUUGGUGGUGAUGCCGCCGUUUCACUCCGACCGCCACCAGAUAAGGGGCUGCAGGGGCUAAUAAUAGGAGAAUGUCAGCAGCUAACUUGUUUGCCCCAGAGCUUGCGGGAUCUCACGUCCCUCCAGAGCCUGUAUAUAUGUAGUUGCGAAGAUCUUGAGAGAAUUGAAGAUUGGCUCGGGGAGCUCUCCGGCCUGCAGUCCUUGGUCAUCAGCAAGUGCAGCAAUCUCCGUUACUUGCCUGCCCACAAGAUGCCCACACUUAAGAAGUUGAGUAUUGAUGAUUGCCCGCUGCUGUUCGAUGCAGCCGAACAAUUUGUCGACACCAACGUCAAUCACAUCGAAGAAGUCUCUGUUAAUGGAAGGAAAUACCCAUAUGAGGAAGAAGCGUGCAGCUCGCCAGAGGAGGAGAAGAAGGGUUGGACGAGUUUUUGGAGCAGAUCGAAUUGGUUAGCGAGGAGAGCAUAAGUAUAUGUACCUAUUAUUUGGAGGUAAAAGGAUAUUAGAUAUUAUCUAAACUAUACUGCACUUUGAAAGUGGGCAACUGGGCUUUACGAAUUUCGAUUUUAAUUCGUAAACCUUAUAUAUGCUCAUUUUGAUAAAAGAAAUUUUCUUUGAAAGAUUUAUUAGAUUCUUUUAAAAUUUAGUCUCUUCCGUUAAACAAAGUGCAAAAUAUUUCAUACAAUAAAAAAUAUUUUUUUUAUCGAAUUUUAAAAUGUUUUCUCAAAAAAAGUUAAGUAUCCUUUCGAAUUCUGUAAGAAACAUAAUAAACAGGGCGGAAAGUUAGAGAGUCGAUUUAAAUUUUUUAAAGUUCAGUUAUUUAUCUCGAAGCGUAGUAUAGCUCAAGUAAGGAUCAUUCUCUUUUAGCUUCUUAAUUUGGUGACCACUAUUCCCCUUUGAGAAGAAUAUUUUUUUCCUUUUUUUGCCAGAAAAACAAAUUUUAUAUAUCUAGGUGCAACGGUGGAGAUUUUUCAUUUAUGGACUUAUUGUCUUAUUUUUCAGGUGGGUGUUGUUUAGCUUGCAGGACAAUAAUUGUUUUAUGUUGUUUGUGUUUUCGUUAUAUAAAUUAAGUUUCCGAAUGUACUAUUGUAUGAUUUGGUUUGAUUGUUUGUAAUUUUUUUGGUGUUUCCUAUACAUGUUAUGUUAUGUUAUGAGCUUAAAAAAGAUUGUUUGGUUUGAAUAAACAAAAUAUUACUAUUUUUUUAA